UCAACACGUACUCGUAUACACUGAACAAGCGGACAUGGAAAAAAUCAUUGUAAUUUUAACGAUCGUUUCCUCCUGUUACGCUGGGGAACUAGGAUUUGGCGAUCAUGGAUUAAGUUUGGGGGAAAUUGCCGUGGGCCACGGCGAAGAAGAAAUUGGUCUAGGUUUAGAUGAAUUAGGUGGAUCAGAGCACGAGAUCAGUCUAGGAGGUCACGGAGAAGGUGGACACUUCAUACCCUCUGUGAAAACAAUUGGAAUACCAGUCCCUAAGAAGGUUCCUUUGCUGAUACCUCACCUGCAGGUUCAACAUAUUCCACAGAGUUAUCCAGUUCCAGUGUUCGUACAGAAACCUGUUCCGUAUCCGGUGGAGAAGCAAGUAUUUUCGAAGGUGGAGAAGAAAGUACCGACGCCGGUCGAAAAAAUCAUUCCAGUGAAAAUUGAGAAGCCCGUUCCAUUCACUAUAGUGAAGCAUAUUCCUGUUCCAGUGGCGAAGCCUAUUCCAAUUAAGAUUCCAAUUUACAAAACAGUAGUGCACAGCUCCAAGAGCCAUUAAGCCUGUGAAAUUGGCGUUGUUGAUUGUUCUCGUUUUAAUCGUUGCGGCAGAAGUGCGUCGUUGAAAUUACAGUUUCUAUGUGUUUUAUAUUUAUAUUGUUUUGUUAUACAUCGUACUUAAUAGUUUCGCGCGUUAAAAUUAUUUAU